AUGGCAGCUGUGAAGAAGAGCAGCCUCUUCCCUCCCGAUCCUCACUACAUCCCAGGGUAUGAGGGCUUUGUGCCUCAGUACACCUACCAGUUUGGAGAAACCUUUGGCAAAACCACUUUUCGGCUGCUGACAGAUCCCAGUGUUCGGAAGAGCCCUCACUCCCUGCUGGCACCGCUGCCCAAGCUGAGGUUCAUAGAGGACUUCACGGGGACCAAGCAUGAGGUCCCAGAUUAUAUCCCUGUGCAUCCAGGGGAUCUCUCCCCUCGGGAAGCUAUGGCUGGAGUGAGUACCCUCGGCCCAGCCCUCGAGCCAAACGCUCCUGCUCCGCAGCAGGGCCGGUUGGGAGAGCGUUGUGCUCAGGCACGCACAGGCUCCAGUGACACCGCUCGGCCACGCGAGCUCCGGCCCAGCCACCCUGGGCUGAGGCUGGCCUACGAGUACGAGCAGGUGAUUCCGUCCCGGCGCUCCACCACGCCACAGGCAGCGGAGGAGAAAGAGGGGCGACUACCAGACAUAACCGCAGGUGGCGCGCAGCGGAGAGCAGAGGCUCCCUGCCGACCUGACCCCGCCUAUGUCCAGGGAUGGAGCUUUCCCAGCAUCCCGGAAAUCAAACAGCCUGUAAAAAUUGGAAGUGCAACUCUGCCAGCGGUGGCUGAAUGGGUAGAUGCAGAGAGCUACAAUCGGUUCCCCAGGCUGGACGUCCCAUAUGCGAUCCAACAGAAAGUCACUUCAGGUUACACGGGUUACAUACCCCGCUACACUUGGAUCACUGGUGUUAACUACAUCCAGGGUGUGAAGGAUGCCAUGAGUGAAUUUGACAGAAAUCAGAAGGAAAAUGGAGUCCUGCUGCCGUCGCUGCAGUCGGCCCUGCCCUUCCUGGACCUGCACGGUACCCCCCGGCUCGAGUUCCACCAGUCCGUGUUCGACGAGCUGAGGGAGAAGCUGCUGGAGAGGGUCUCGGCCAUCGCUUUGGAAGGGAAGGUUGAGGAAAGAUACAAGAAGCUGGAAGAUCUCCUGGAGAAGAGCUUUUCCCUGGUCAAGAUGCCUUCCAUCCAGCCUGUAGUCAUGUGUGUCAUGAAGCAUUUGCCCAAGGUCCCUGAAAAGAAGCUCAAGUUAGUAAUGGCAGAUAAGGAUUUGUAUAAAGCAUGUGCUGUGGAGGUGAAACGGCAGAUCUGGCAGGAUAACCAAGCCCUGUUUGGUGAUGAGGUAUCUCCACUGCUGAAGCAGUACAUCCUGGAGAAGGAGAAUAUUCUCUUCAGCAGUGAUAUUUCUGUCUUGCACAACUUCUUCACCCCAUCUCCCAAAACAAGACGUCAGGGAGAGGUGGUUCAGAAGCUGACCCAGAUGAUUGGGAAGAAUGUGAAGCUCUACGAUAUGGUGUUACAGUUUCUGAGAACUUUAUUCCUCCGGACAAGGAAUGUUCAUUACUGCACACUCCGAGCAGAGCUCCUGAUGUCACUGCAUGAUCUGGAUAUCAGUGAAAUCUGCACUGUUGACCCAUGUCAUAAGUUCACUUGGUGCCUUGAUGCCUGCAUUCGAGAGAAGUUUGUGGACAACAAGAGAGCUCGGGAGUUGCAAGGGUUUCUGGACGGAGUGAAGAAAGGACAAGAGCAAGUAUUGGGGGACUUAUCUAUGAUCUUGUGCGAUCCUUUUGCCAUUAACACCUUAGCCUUGAGUACCAUAAGGCACUUACAAGAUCUGGUUGGGCAGGACACCCUACCCAGAGAAAGCCCAGAUCUGCUGCUGCUUCUGAGGAUGCUAUCUCUGGGCCAGGGCGCUUGGGACAUGAUUGAUAGCCAAGUCUUCAAGGAGCCCAAAAUGGAAGCUGAGCUGAUCACAAAGUUCUUACCUAUGUUGAUGUCUUUUGUGGUGGAUGACCACAUGUUCACUGUAGAUCAGAAACUGCCCUCAGAAGAGAAGGGCCCGAUCCCUUAUCCCAGCGUGAUUCCUGAAGCUUUCACCAAAUUCUUGCAGGAGAACAGAAUAGCUUGCGAGAUUGGGCUGUAUUACUUCCUUCACAUCACUAAACUGAGGAACAAGAAUGCUUUCCUUAGGCUGCUGCCAGCACUAGUUGAGACGUUCAGUGACUUGGCCUUCAGUGAUAUUUUUCUGCAUUUGCUCACCGGAAACCUCACACUGCUGGGUGAUGAAUUUGCACUUGAGGAAUUUUGUACCAGUCUCUUUGAUGGCUUCUUUCUCACAGUCUGCUCAAGAAAGGAGAACGUACAUAGACAUGUCCUGAGACUGCUUCUUCAUCUCCAUCACAAAGUGGCUCCUAUCAAGUUAGAAUCUCUCCAGAAGGCUUUGGAACCCACCAAACAGAGUGGAGAAGCUGUGAAGGAGCUUUAUAAUCAACUCACUGAGAAACUAGAGCUUCGCAAGCCUAGUCCAGCUGAAGUGACUGAGACUCCCUCCAUGGAACUGCCCUUGCCCACUGUGCCCACGCCAACCUCACGCUGAGCUCGGGCUGCAGUGCAGCAGUGAGGCAGGGCAAGAACCAACGUAGUGCCCUGCGGCAUGAGGCCUUGCACUGCCUUGCCGAGCGUCUCUGCUACGGCGGGGAAAAUGCCCCUGAAGCUCUUUCAGGAAACACUGCACAUUGCCCUACUCACUGGCUCUGGCUGGUUAGAAAACUUGGUAUGCGGUGCAUUGCGAAGGUUUACUUUUCUUAAAGAUAGCUCAGAGUCUUCUUGUAGAUCCACUUAAAUUUGACUGUACAUUUUUUUUUUCCAAAGAGAAAAAGCAUAUUUU